AUGAACAACAUCGGCGGCGCCGCGAUGGGUUCCGCAGGGCAGAUGUUCGGGAACAGUUAUGGCCCGCCUGGCUCGUCAGCGGAGUGCGAGCGACCGACUGCAGGCAACCACUGGUUUCCGACUGAGUCAGCUGGGUACGACGGCGACGGCGAUGCUGAAGAUGACGACAAUGAGCAAGGAAAUGUUGGCGAUGGAGAGGAUGGUGAAGGGCGGGAUCCUAAGCGGAGGAGGAUAGCGCGGGCGUGUGAUAUGUGCCGGAAGAAGAAGAUCAAAUGCGAUGGCAAGGCUCCGAAGUGCAGUCACUGCGAGAACUACAAGACAGAGUGUAUCUUCACACCCCAGGAGAAGAAGCGGGCGCCCCCGAAAGGGGCAAAGUACAUCGAAGGGCUGGAGAAUCGCUUGGGAAGAAUGGAAAGCUUGCUCAAGAUGAGCGGUCUGUUGGCGGAAGAAGACGGUGGUAGGACAGAUCUCGGGACCUUGGAACGGAGGUUGCAAGAGCGCCAGGGCAGUUCGUCGAGGAGCAGUGGCGCCAGUCCUCAGAUCGCACCAGCACCGCCGUCAAGGCCUCCGCCGCAGCAGACAUCAUUACACAGCACGCCUCAAAUGGCACAGACGAGCCCGGCGCUAGCCAACACAGCUACGCCUGAACCUCCAAAAGACUCGAAGAACCCAUUCAAGCGAGAUCCGAAGGAAGUCGAUGCGCUCGCAGACCAGAUGUGCAGUCUCAUAACCAACAAUGUCGGCGAGACACGCUAUAUCGGCUCAUCAUCAGGCUUCUCGAUCUUCAGUCCCAAAGGCAUACAGUGGGUGAAUGAGAAGACCGGCGACAGCUCGUUCCAGAGGAUGAUCGCUACGGCCACCGCAGACGAUAAGAUUGGAUGGGAUCACUGGCGACCAGAAGUGUUCAACGACCUCUUCUCGAGACGAGUGUUCAAGCCGCUUCCACCACGACAAGAGUGUUACGCCCUUCUCAAGGACUUCUUCGAGAACUUCAACUGCAUGUUCCCGCUCUUUCAUGAACCCACAUUCAUGCAUCUCGUUGACAAGCACUACAGCCUCGAUCCUUACGAAGGCUCGGGCUGGUGGGCCAGCUUGAACGUUGCUCUAGCCAUCGCUCACAGGCUGCGCGUGAUGUCGAAUCUGGUUGGGCAGGAAGAAGAUGACCACGCCUGGGGGUAUCUGAAGAAUGCGAUGGCUGUCUUCACGGAGCUUACGAUGCGUAAUACUGACCUCCUGUCUGUCCAAGCGUUACUGGGCAUGGCGCUGUUCUUACAAGGCACACCUAACCCUCAACCUUCCUUCUUCCUCGUGGCAGCAGCAAUACGAUUAGCACACUCCAUCGGUUUGCAUAAAAGUGGCUCAGGCUUCAACCUUAACGAAGUCGAAAACGAGCAGCGCAAGCGCGUCUUCUGGAUCGCGUACCUGUUGGACAAAGACAUCUGCCUCCGGUCUGGCCGACCACCGGCGCAAGACGACGAUGACAUGAAUGUCGAGCUGCCCUCGGAGGAUCCGCCAGACAACGUGGGCAACAUCCCUCUUGCGAAAGAGAUCGAUGGCAAGCGCACCUUGAAUCUCUUCAGACUUAUGUGCCUGUUUGCGCAGAUCCAGAGCCGAGUGUACAAGCAGUUGUACUCUGUCAAAGCAUCACGGCAGAGUGAUGGAGAGCUACUGAAUACUAUUGGCGAACUCGAUGCUCAGCUGGAGGAGUGGAAGGACAGCAUCCCGAUCGACUUCCGGCCUGAGCAUGAGAUUAAUGCUGCGCAUACGCCUUUAAUACUGCAUGUUGUCGUUUUGCACUUUGCGUACUACAAUUGCUUGACGACAAUACAUCGCAUGAGUGUGCAUCAUGGGUAUUGGACGAGCCGGCUGAGCGAUUAUGCCAUCAUGGGGUUGAACGCCAGGCCGCUGAACCCGAGAGUCUUCAUGAGCGCAGCGCUAUGUGUAAACGCAGCGAGGACAAGUAUAGGCUUGAUUCGCUACAUUCCGCAAGGUGACUACGCCUGUGUCUGGCUGAUCCUAUACUACCCCGUCUCCGCCCUCGUAACACUCUUUGCCAACAUCCUCCAAAAUCCCCAGGACGUCCGGGCACGAGGAGAUCUCCGACUCAUGAACAGCGUCUGCUCCUUCCUCACCAUGCUCGAGCGCGACACCACCGAAGCCAACGGCAACGUCCGCCGCAUGCUCUCCGUAUGCUCGGAAUUCGAGCGCAUCGCGAAAGUCGUUCUCGACAAAGCCGAGCGCGACAUGAAGGGUCGAGGGAAGAGAAAACAGGCUGAGCGUGAGAAGGAGAAGGAUCGUCGGGAUGGCAAUAGUAUCGCGGCGGGACUGGACGAGGGCAAGACGCUCGAGAUGAUGCAGGUGGAGACGCAGUCAGCGUAUCGGAGGCCUAUACAAACGCCUAGUUUGAGGCAUAGUAUGGAGACUUCGGCGCAGGGGAGCCCGGCUAGUUGGGGCAGUAGUCCGGCCGCCGGAAGUACGUCCGGUUCCAAUGAGGCGAAGAGAGCUUCAAGAGGGAUGGAUACGAAUGGGAACGACAUCGCCGCGCUUCAGCAACAGCAGCAGGCGAUGCUGCCACCUCAACAGCAGCAGCAGCAGCAACAGCUCCUACAACCUAACGGACAAUGGAACCAGCAACCCGGCUUCACCAUGCCUAACAACAACUUCAACCCACAAACCACUCAAUCGUCACCUCAAUUCACCCAACCCGGCCUCACCGACGGGUCCUUCAACCCCACAACCACUGGCUUCUCCCCACCAAUGGCUGGCGCAAUGGACCUGAAUAACCCUUUCACCGGCGCGCCCGGAGCCGGGCAAGACAUGCUCGGUGGUACGGGUUCUUUCCAGCAACCCUUCGUGCCGCAGGAUCUGUGGCAGAUGCCUAUGACGCUGGAGUGGGAUUGGGCGGAGGGUUUGGGGCUGGGGAGUUUUACGCCGGGGGGAAUGUUUGAGGGGUUCAUGGGGGAGGGCAUGGGUGAUGGUGGCGGCAUGGGAGGUCAGGCACAAUAG